AUGUCGUCAUAUGAUGGGCGAGAGCGCUCAGAUGCGCCACGAUACCUUGAGCCUCCCGCCGUUACCGCUCUUAGGGAGGAGGCUCGAAAUGUUGCCGCUCCCGCCCCAAUGGAACGAACUCUCAGCGAGGAUAUCAGGGAGGAACGUGAAGAUUUAAAAGAAGCUGCGGAACAUACACUCAAUGUGAUCGUGGAUUUGGAUUUGGACGGCAGAAUAAAAUGGGUUAGCCCUUCAUGGUGCGAGGUUAUUGGUACCACAGCCCAGGAGGUCGAAGGACAGUUUAUUCAUGAUAUUGCUUUGGACAAUAAGACAAUCUUUAAAGAUGCAGUGCAGUCUAUGAAGGAGGAUGACUCCAAAAGUCAGAUUGUGAGAUUUGAUAUUCGCCUGGGUCCUUUAUCUGUUUUCUGGCAAGAUAGGAGGUUACCGGAAGAAGAGGGGGAAGUCUCCGCCACAGAUGCAGAGGAGGCGGAAGCACCACGGGGAACCAUCGAGCAGGAAGACGAUAAUAUCCUGAGUAUGGAAGGGCAGGGGAUAAUGGUCUAUGAUCGAACGUCUGGUGGCGGUAGCCAUACUAUGUGGAUGCUUCGGCCAUCUACUGAACCCCGGGAGGUGACAAUCGGUCUUCCCCCACUGCUCGUUGAAUCUCUCGGAGUCGGAGCAGAAGUCCUCGCCAACUAUCUCACCGUUCUAGCUGAAGUCGGGGUCAGUGAUCCUGCUCACCACCCACCCCCAAUGCCCGUCCUCUGCAGGAUCUGCGAGAGGCAGAUCACGCCCUGGUGGUUCGAAAAACACUCGGAACUUUGUCUGCAAGAACAUAGGGCCGAAAUGGACGUUCAAAUGGCGCAGGACAAUUUAAACGAACACCGCCAUAGCAUCGUCAGAGUCCUCGAUGCCCUUGAAGCGCGGAAGAGCCGAGACAAUAGCCCGUUUGCAGGCCCACAGGCAGAAUAUAAGGGUCUGCAGAUUGGCCCUUCUCCAGCAACUUCCAGUCCUGGUUUGGCCUCAGGAUCCUCCUCAUCCUCAGGCACACCCCCUCGUUCUCGCGACCCGUCUACAUCUGGACUAGGACACUCUCGUGGGCGCUCAUUUGCUGUUAGACGUCCAUUAGCCCGUAUUGUGGAGUUGAUCUUAGAUCUCUGUGACACUGCCUUGGAGAUCAGCACGCCAGCUCUUAAGGAAUCCCGAACGGAAAUCGGGGACGAAGUCAGGACACAGUCCCCCCAGUCAGAGUCGCGGAUAUCUCAGGUCCUUCAGUGGCAGUCACCUAGCAAUCACACACUAGAGCAGGAGAAAGGCCUGGCAGCCUUAUCUGCUGACACUGAGGAGGUUGCCCGUGCAAAGGUCGAUGCCGUCUUCAGACACAGACGGAUCGUUGAGUACGCUGAGCGUAUUCGAAUCGAGUUUACCGUCAUAGUAGAAGAAUGUAUCUCUGCUGCCAUGGCGAAGGCUGAGCGUAUUUCUUCUGGGAACCUUGAAGAUUCAAGCUCUUCCUCUGAUAUUGAAACCGCAACAGAGGACCAGGAAACUAGUAGUAUACCGCAAGUCAUUUCCCUAGAGAGGACAUCCUCUAUGUCCGCAAUGUCUGUUGGAAGCACUUCUCGGUCCUUAUCUGGUGAUCGAGGGCUUCGACGUGCUAUUGAGCGAACCCCGGCUACUCCUAUUCCGAUCUCUACGCGGUCAAGCAGCCCGAUGGAAUGCCCAACACCACGUUCACUCAAGAGCUUGGGCAGCUUCGUCAACCCACCACACUCAAAACGCGGAUCUCUACUUGCAGAGAGAGAAAGUGACGCGGCAGACAGUGACAGCAGCAUUCUCUCAUCCGUCUUGUCGGAGCGGAGAACACAGUCUCCUCUCUCCGAGCGGGGGCCAAGCCGAACUGCCAGCGCAAAGGACAAAAAUCGCCGCAGCCUUAUAUUGCCUGGCGUUGCAUCCCCACGUAGGGAAUCCCCUGCUCGCAAUCCCCCACACUCUCCUUUACGGCUGUCCAAGCCACGAUUUCCCGUUGGGAGUGAGAACUUGCCAUCGCCAUCUACGUCUCCGCACCUAACAUCAACUGAGUUGGCGGCUCAUGGCCACCCACAAUUCUACUCUGCUCAUCAACACCGCCACCAUCACCGACGGCAGUCAUCAGCUACUUCACCCGAUGUAGGCAAAGCUCCAAUAUCUCCGCAUAUGACCUCUGCCAGUCACCCGCCACCCCCUGCAGUUACCCCGUCUAUCAAAGACUUUGAAAUCAUCAAGCCAAUAAGCAAAGGAGCCUUCGGAAGCGUUUAUCUUUCUAAGAAGAAGUCUACUGCAGAAUACUUUGCUAUCAAAGUCUUGAAGAAAGCUGACAUGGUAGCUAAGAAUCAAGUCACAAAUGUCAAGGCAGAGCGCGCAAUCAUGAUGUGGCAAGGAGAAAGCGACUUUGUUGCAAAACUCUAUUGGACAUUCUCUAGCAAGGACUAUCUCUACCUUGUUAUGGAAUACUUGAAUGGAGGUGACUGCGCUUCAUUGGUGAAAGUUCUAGGCGGACUAUCUGAAGAUUGGGCGAAAAAGUACAUUGCAGAAGUCGUCCUUGGCGUUGAACAUCUACAUAGUCGCGGUAUUGUUCAUCGAGACCUCAAACCGGAUAACCUUUUAAUCGACCAGAGGGGCCACUUGAAACUCACUGACUUUGGCCUUUCACGAAUGGGACUGGUUGGUCGACAGAAGCGCAUUCAGAAGAGCCCAAACGAUUCUGCACCGGACUUGCUGAAACAUGGUCCAUUCACUCGACCCGACGUUUCAAUUACGUCCUCACGUUCAGCUUCAUUCGAUUUCCCUGCUACUGACUCACCCCACAAUACUCCAUUGAUCGUUCCGGAGCCCGUGUUAACGCAGCCGUCGUACUUCAGCUUAAGCAAAGAGCCUUCCUUAAGCCGUGAACACUCGAGGCGGGCAUCCGGCUACCGUAGUGACAGUGGAAGUAGUGAUACUCUUAGCCAGUUGAUGAGGAAUUGCGCAGUUAGUGACACUACAGGUUCCAAUCCUUUGACACCAUCCGGUCACCCUUCGCUCCAACAGUCGAAAUCUACGAUAGAUGAGGAGAUUAUCAGUGAAGGAAGCGAUUCACCCCAUUUGUUCCCUGUUCAAUCCUCAUCUAGCUACGCUACACCCUCUAUCCCGUCGCAGUUCGAAAGUUCUCAACAGCCAAUGCUCCCUCCCCCAAUGGCCUUGUUUGACCCACAGGAUCACAAUAGGUGUUUUGUUGGUACACCAGAUUACCUUGCUCCCGAAACCAUUAACGGUGUUGGUCAGGAUGAGAUGAGCGACUGGUGGUCUUUAGGGUGUAUACUUUUUGAGUUUCUCUACGGAUAUCCGCCGUUCAAUGCCUCAACACCUGACGAAGUAUUUCAAAACAUUCUGCAUCGGAGGAUUAACUGGCCUGAUGAGGCUGAUGAAAUGGUUUCACCUGAAGCCAAGGAUAUUAUGGAGAAGUUGAUUACCAUAAAUCCUCAUGAACGCCUUGGGUCAAACAUCGAUGAGAAAUAUGCCAACGGCGGCGCUGAAGUUCGUGCGCACCCAUGGUUCUCCGAUAUCAACUGGGAUACGCUAUUAGAGGACGAAGCUCAGUUUGUUCCUGCGCCAGAGAAUCCGGAGGAUACCGAGUACUUUGACUCACGCGGAGCAACCCUGCAAUCUUUCAACGAGGAGUUUGAAGGCCAGCUCUCGUCCCCUAGUUCUAGUGGAGAUUACCCCGAUCGGCCGCAUGAUGCACUUUAUAAGGUGAAAACACAGGUCAAUUCUUUGAAACGCGGCCUGAUGCCUCUACAUAUCCCACCCCAUGUUCGAGAUACUCGGAGUCGCCGGCUUAGUGAACCUGCGUUGGCAGAUGACUUUGGGAGCUUUAACUUCAAGAAUCUUCCCAUCCUUGAGAAGGCAAAUAAAGAUGUUAUUCAGAAGUUACGACAUGAUGCAAUGCAGGCUCAGCAGCGGGCAGUCCCCAACAAUAGCCCUGCAACACCAUCUGGGCCGUCCCUCGAAGGCAGCCCACUUCUACCAAUGCCAUUGAAGAGAACAAUGUCUCACAACAAAGCUAGCAAUCGACCGGCAUCUCCAUCAAGUUCAAGUCUUCCUAAUUCAUCUUCUCCUAGCAGACCUUCUCAGCCUGGGUCACCACUUCUCGUUCAAUUUAGCACUGCUAGUCACCACGAGAGACGGAAAACAUCCGGAUCAUCAACAUUCUCACCGCCUUCAUCUGGCUCUGCACCUACAAGUGGUGGCAUCGAGCCCCCUCGGCUUUCAACCAAUCUAAAGAUAUCAACAUCCACAGCAUCAUCACCGAUAAAGAGUAUGAAAACUUCGAUAUCAUCUGACACACCUUCUCUACAUCGUCAAAGCAGUGUCCCAACCUCUCGAUCGAGGUCCCACACUAUUGGUUCGCAAGAUAGUGAUUUGACACCAGCAAAGGAGCCAUUUGUUCCUGGCCAUUGCAAGCGUAAGAGUCAACUUUGGGAUAUUUCUCCAUCUUCCUCUGAUAACGAAGAUCCUCGGGCUAAAGCCUUGCUAAAAGUCCAAAGACGGAGACAGAGCUCGCGACGAUUAUCACAGAUCAAUUUGGUGGAAGGCCCAUUCUUCCGACCACUCGAUAUAUUGAUUUGUGAAGACCAUCCUGUUUCCAGAUUGGUUAUGGAGACACUGUUUGAAAAGUUGAGGUGUCGAACCAUUACCGCAAUCAAUGGUUCGGAGGCGAUGAGAUAUGCUUUGAGUGAAGUACAGUUUGAUAUCAUCAUGACAGAGUUCAAAUUGCCCCAAAUCAAUGGAGCUGAUGUUGCUCGCAUGAUUCGCGAGACUAGAAGUGUCAAUACUCACACCCCUAUCAUCGCCGUAACUGGGUAUUUGAAAGAUCUUCCGGAAACUCAUCACUUCGAUUCCCUUAUAGAGAAGCCUCCAACCCUUCAAAAGCUAACAGAGAUUCUCUGCAAGUUUUGCCAAUGGAAACCUCCGCCAAAGGAUGAAACUCCUAUGAUGUCCAACCCUGCUUCCUAUUCAAUAUUACGGCAGAAGUCGGGUGCUAUUGAGGACAGCCCUAGCUCCGGAUCUUCUGGCUUUGUUACUAUACCUACGGGUUCGUAUAGAGGUUCCAGCCGCGAAGACUCUAUUGACAGUAACAGCUUAAUUGGAGAGUUUGAAUCACCGAGAUCUGACGAUAUCCCAGUCAUCGUUGGUCAUCGACCCAUCGAGGGUUGGGAACGUAAUAGAGGGGGGGGUCUUGGUAUUACAGAAGAUUGUUCAGCUAUUUCUCGACCUAUUGUGGCGGAAUACCAAUCAUCCACUCCUCCAAACCUUAUCCAUGCAACCUCUGCACCUGCCGCAUUCUCGAUGCCAGGCAUCUCCACUCCACGAAAGCGCAGUUCUGUUGAAUGCAUUCGAGCAAAGCGUGAGUCUCUAGAAAAGAAACGUUAUGAGGGUGCUGAAUCUGGAGAUGACGAAGAUGAGGAACUGGGGAAUACACAAGUGCGUAAGAGCCCGCAGUUUACGACUGGAAGAACUCGGCGAUCAGGUUCGAAACUCGGUACAGAAAUGAUGAGGACAAAUAGUCGUGGGAGUGUCGUGAGUGUUGGCGAGGAUUAUAUGAAAGAACGAGAGGUGGAAUCCGAUACCCAGACGGCUUCUUCAGAUACAGCGUCCACUGUUGUCCCUUCGGCCUCUAUCGAAAGCACCAUGGACCGCUUGCAUUUAAAUGAAGACACUCUAGGGGUUCUCGCAGAGGAUCCUGAAACAGAAGAAACCUCUUCUUCAAGCACCGCACUGGACAAUCCCACCGCUGGCAGACUCAGUCAACGACUUUUAAAAGAGCGGCAGACUUUUAGCUUGCAGCCAGCUCUCUCCGCCCAUCCCACAACCGAAGGGGGUAGAAUAACUCCGCCUCUCAUAUCCCCGUGCACCAGGACAAUAACGCCAGAGCACCGAAGUUUCGUCUUGAGCAGGGAAAACGAUGGCCCGGAUAACAACGACAUCACUCCUAAACCGCACAUUAGUGCUAGUUAUCUUGGUGACGAGCAAACCGAAAGUACCCCUGAAGAGCCAACUCCACGAGCAUCAGAUCAAACAAAGUCCCAUACUAGGGACCGCGUCCUAGGCUGGAUGCGACGAUAG